GCGGCGUAGUGGCGGAAGACGAAGUUCUGGAGGAGUUUAAAACCGAAUAUCAAGACGCGGCAAGUUGAGCAAUUUCCGGCCACGUCAUCUAUCUAUCUUUUACUUUUCAUAUAAAUUUCAGUAUUUUAAGUUAGUAAUAAAGUAAUUAUUUAAACCGGUGUUUAUUAACUUGAGCGUAGCUAAAUUGGUGACCCCUAGUUCGAAAUAGACUGUUAUAGCUACACGCUCACAAGUGAUUAAAAUGCCUAAAGACGGUGACAGCGUCCAGGCUCCAGCUGAACCCAGCUCGCUGGAUUUGUUAAAUUCCGUCUCAGUUAAAGUUCCAGCCUUUUGGCCUGAUUCUGCGGAGGCCUGGUUCGUGCAGGUGGAGGCUCAGUUCGCCCUCAAGGGGGUAACCGCCAGUUCCACCAAGUUUUACUACUGCGUGUCUGCGUUCAACCAGGAGACGGCUAACCAGGUCCUAGAUCUCAUCAAGAAUCCUCCAUCUCUCGACCCCUACGAAGCUUUGAAGUCCCGGUUGUUAAGGUUGUUUGCUCUCGACGAUUAUCAAAGGUAUGAAGCAAUCUCUAACCUCCCUCUCUCCGGCGACAUGAAACCUUCAAAGCU